AAGUUCCCUCACUGCGUCCCGGAAUUGUCAUCACGCCGCUCGGUCUCGGCCAUUUUUAGAAGUGCGAGCAACGAAACACAAAACACAACACAAACCAGAAAUUAUUGUAACUAUAUUCGGACUAUACCACCGCACUGAAAAUUGAACAGCCAUCAUGUCAGACUUUAUUGAAAGUGAGGCUGAGGAGUCAGAGGAAGAAUUUGAAGAGAAGGACCUGAAGCCUAAGAAGACCCAAAGGUUUAUGGAAGAAGAUGAUGAGGAGGAAGAAGAGGAGAACACAGAGGACCAGGAUGAACAAGGAAAUUUACGUGGACUGAUUGAUGAUGGAGAUGAGGAAGGGGAGGAGGAAGAAGCUGAAAGAAGUGGGAGUGGAGGGGGCAGUGACUCAGAAGAAGAAGUGAGGCAUCGACGUAAAAAGCGCAAUUAUGAUGACUACCUGGAUGAUGAUGAUCUUGACCUCAUCGAGGAAAACUUGGGUGUCAAAGUGAAAAGGAGGAAGAAGAAAUAUGACCGUGUGAAAACACUGGACGAUGAUGAAGAUGAUGACGACGAGAAGGACUUGAUAGCGGAUGAGAUCUUUCACGGGGAUCACGAGGGCGAGCUGGAGGAAGGCGAGGCAGUUGAUGAACCUCUCCAACAUCAUGCAGAUGAUGACGAAGAAGGAGAGGAUGAGGAGUCAGAUAUUGAUGAUUUCAUUGUUGAUGAUGACGGCCAACCCAUCACCAAAAAGAAGGGCAAGAAGUUCUCGGGAUACACUGAUGCAGCCCUCCAGGAGGCCCAGGAGAUUUUUGGUGGCGACUUCGACUUUGCUGAUUUUGAUGCCGAUGCUUAUGACCAGGGUGAGGAGGAGGAAGAGGAUCAAGAUGAAGAAGGCUGGGAUCGGCCCAAGAAACAGACCAAGAGGAGGCAGGGAAGGAAGAGCAUCUUUGAGCUCUACGAGCCCAGUGAGCUGGAGAGUAGUCACAUGACCGACCAAGACAACGAGAUCCGCUCGACAGACAUGCCUGAGAGGUUCCAGUUACGAUCGAUCCCUGUUAAACCUGCUGAGGAUGAUGAACUGGAAGAGGAGGCAGAGUGGAUCUUCAGACAUGGUUUCUCCACUCUUACCAUCUCCAUGCAGGAAAGCACAGAUUAUCUAGACAGAGGGACAACCACAAACUUCAGCAGGAAAGGCCCCAGUACGAUUGCUAAGAUCAAAGAGGCCCUCAACUUUAUGAGGAACCAGCAGUUUGAGGUCCCUUUCAUUGCUUUCUACAGGAAAGAAUAUGUGGAACCAGAGCUAAAUAUCAAUGAUCUGUGGAAGGUGUGGCAGUGGGAUGAAAAGUGGACUCAGCUGAAGACUCGGAAGCAGAAUCUGACCCGUCUGUUCCAAAAGAUGCAGUCUUUCCAGUUUGAGCAGAUCUCUGCUGACCCUGACAAACCUUUGGCUGAUGGGAUCCGUCCUUUGGACACUGCUGACAUGGAAAGGCUGAAAGAUGUGCAGACUCUUGAAGAGUUGGGUGACGUGUACAAUCACUUUUUGCUCUACUAUGGCCGAGACAUCCCCAAGAUGCAGAAUGCUGCUAAAGCCAACAAGAAGAGGCUCAAGAAGAUCAAAGAAGUGUCAGAGGAUGGUGAAGAGGAGGAAUUGGAGGUGGAAGAAGAGGAAGAACAGAAAGGACCUGACCUCAAGUUGGCAUCUCGUAGGGAUAUGUACAGCAUCUGUCAGAGCGUAGGACUCGAUGGCUUGGCGAAAAAGUUUGGAUUAACUCCAGAGCAGUUUGGUGAAAAUCUGAGAGACAGCUAUCAGCGUCACGAGACGGAGCAGUUCCCUGCUGAGCCUGUAGAGCUGGCCAAAGAUUAUGUUUGCAGCCAGUUUUCUACUCCUGAGGCAGUGCUGGAAGGAACCAGGUACAUGGUUGCCAUGCAGAUUGCUCGGGAACCUUUGGUCAGACAUGUUCUGCGACAGACCUUUCAGGAGAGGGCGAAAAUCAACAUCAAACCUACAAAGAAGGGAAAAAAGGAGAUAGACGAGGCUCAUUUUGCGUACUCCUUCAAGUAUCUUAAAAACAAGCCUGUGAAAGAGCUGAAUGGGGAUCAGUUCUUGAAGAUGUGCCUGGCUGAGGAUGAGGGGCUGCUUACUAUUGAUAUCUGCAUCGACCUUAUAGGGGUUAAAGGGUAUGCUGGGGACCAGACGUACUUUGACGAGAUCAAACAGUUUUACUACAGGGAUGAGUUCAGUCACCAGGUGCAGGAAUGGAACAGGCAGCGAACUUUAGCCAUAGAGAGAGCUCUCACUCAGUUCCUCUACCCUCAGAUGGCAAAGGAGCUCAAGAGUAAACUGACUGCUGAGGCCAAAGAGAGCAUUGUCAGGUCCUGCUGUCGCCGGUUGUACAACUGGCUUAAGGUGGCUCCUUACAGGCCAGAUCAGCAAGUUGAAGAAGAUGAUGACCUGAUGGAUGAGAGUCAGGGAAAAGGCAUUCGGGUUCUAGGUGUAGCCUAUGCACCUAGCAGAGAUACACCCGUUUUCUGUGCUUUGAUCAAUGGGGAAGGAGAGGUGGUAGACUUCCUUCGUCUGCCCUACUUCAUGAAGAGACGGAAUGCCUUUAGGGAGGAUGAGAGAGAGAAGAAGGCCCAUGACAUUGAAAAUCUCAAGAAGUUUCUGUCCAGCAAGAAACCUCAUGUGGUAGCUGUAGCUGGAGAAAACCGAGACGCCCAAAUGAUUAUGGAGGACAUCAAGAGAACUAUCGGUGAGCUUGAGCAGGAGUCCUCUCUGCCCGCUGUGGGAGUGGAGCUUGUUGACAAUGAACUGGCUACACUGUACAUGAACAGUAAGAAAUCUGAGACUGAUUUCAGGGAUUAUCCUCCCUUGCUGCGACAGGCUGUCUCGAUAGCCAGGAAGAUCCAGGAUCCCCUGGUGGAGUAUGCUCAGGUCUGCAGCACUGAUGAGGAUAUUCUCUGCCUCAAACUACACCCACUGCAGGAACAUGUGGUGAAGGAGGAUUUGCUCUGUGCUCUUUACUGUGAGUUCAUCAACCGUGUCAAUGAGGUUGGGGUGGAUGUGAACAGAGCUAUUGCCCACCCUCACACUCAGAGUCUGGUCCAGUAUGUCUGUGGUUUGGGACCGAGGAAGGGCUCCCACCUUCUCAAGAUUCUGAAACAGAACAACACUCGUCUGGAAAACAGAACUCAGCUGGUCACAAUGUGCCACAUGGGGCCCAAGGUUUUUAUAAACUGCGCCGGUUUCAUCAAGAUCGACACUGCAUCACUUGGGGACAGCACGGACUCCUAUAUCGAGGUUCUGGAUGGUUCUCGUGUCCACCCAGAGACCUAUGAGUGGGCUCGCAAGAUGGCCGUGGACGCCCUCGAGUAUGAUGAGUCGGCAGAAGAUGCCAACCCAGCCGGAGCUCUGGAGGAGAUCUUGGAAAACCCAGAACGUCUCAAAGAUCUGGACCUGGAUGCCUUUGCUGAAGAGCUUGAGAGACAGGGUUACGGUAACAAGGGAAUUACUCUGUAUGACAUCCGUGCUGAGCUGAGCUGCCGGUACAAAGACCUCAGAGUUCCCUACAGAGUCCCCAACACAGAGGAGGUCUUCAAUCUGCUCACUAAGGAGACUCCAGAGACCUUUUAUAUUGGUAAGCUGAUCACCAGUGUAGUAACUGGUAUUGCUCACCGACGGCCUCAGGGAGAGAGUUACGACCAGGCCAUACGUAACGAUGCAACAGGCCUGUGGCAGUGUCCAUUCUGCCAGCAGGACAACUUCCCUGAACUGAGCGAGGUGUGGAAUCACUUUGACAGCGGUUCAUGUCCAGGUCAGGCUAUUGGAGUGCGGAGCAGAUUAGACAACGGUGUCCAAGGAUUUAUUCCCACAAAGUUUCUCAGUGACAAAGUGGUUAAACACCCUGAGGAGAGGGUCAAGGUGGGCAUGACAGUUCACUGCCGCAUCAUGAAAAUCGACAUUGAGAAAUUCAGUGUUGACCUGACGUGCCGCACCUCAGAUCUGAUGGACAAAGCCAAUGAAUGGAAGCUUCCCAAGGACAGCUACUAUGACUUUGACACAGAGUCUGAGGACCAGAAACAAGAAGAGGAGCUCAAAAAGAAACAACAGCGAACUCCUUAUAUAAAGCGUGUCAUCGCCCACCCCAACUUCCACAAUAUCAGUUUCAACCAGGCAGAGAAGAUGAUGGAGACCCUGGACCAGGGAGACUUGAUCAUCAGACCCAGCAGCAAAGGAGAGAACCAUCUUACAGUCACCUGGAAAGUGGCUGAUGGUAUCUACCAGCAUGUGGAUGUGAGAGAAGAGGGCAAAGAGAAUGCGUUCAGCUUGGGGCACACACUGUGGAUCAACACUGAAGAGUUUGAGGACUUGGAUGAAAUCACUGCUCGGUACAUUCAGCCAAUGGCAUCAUUUGCCAGGGAUCUGCUGGGGCAUAAGUACUUCCAGGAGUGCAGUGGGGGAAGCAAGGAGAAAAUGGAGGAAUUAUUGGUCCGAACAAAGAGGGAGAAGCCUACUUUUAUUCCUUACUUUAUUUCGGCAUGUAAAGAUCUGCCAGGAAAAUUCAUACUGGGCUACCAGCCUCGUGGAAAACCCCGGAUUGAGUAUGUGACCAUCACUCCGGAUGGCUUCCGCUACCGUUCACAAAUAUUUCCAACAGUGAAUGGACUAUUCCGUUGGUUUAAGGACCAUUAUCAGGAACCUGUGCCAGGCAUCACUCCCAGCAACAGCAGCCGAACAAGGACGCCUGCAUCCCUGAAUGCCACUCCAGCCAACAUCAACAUUGCAGACUUGACACGAGCCGUCAACGCCCUCCCACGCAACAUGACUUCUCAGAUGUUCAAUGCCAUCGCCGCAGUCACAGGCCAGGGGCAGAACCCCAACACCACCCCUGCACAGUGGGGCUCCAGUCAGUACGGCUAUGGUGGAAGCACAGGAGGAGGAGGAGGAGGAAGCUCCUCUGCUUAUCAUGUGUUUGCGACACCCCAGCAGCCCAUAGCGACACCCAUGAUGACGCCCAGCUACUCCUACACCACACCGAGCCAGCAGGCCCUGGGCACGCCACAGUACCCCGGCUCCACCCCACAGUCCUCACACUCUCACGCACACGCCCACCCACACGGAGGCCAUGUGUCACACCACGGCCAUCAUGGUCAUCACAGCAGCCACCACGGCCACUCAUCCAGCACGCCGUCGUCCUCUACUUCAUCUCGAGGACGGACGCCUCAGCAACAACCAAAGCCAAGCGGCAGCAACGCCUCUGCAGUGGACUGGGGCAAGAUCGCUGAACAGUGGCUGAAGGAUAAAGAAGCAGAGGGGCGGAAGAAAGCCCAGAGGAUGACGCCUCGACCGUCACCCAGCCCCAUGAUCGAGAGCACGCCCAUGUCCAUCGCCGGAGACGCCACACCCCUGCUGGACGAAAUGGAUCGAUAGGACACGCAGGGGGGCGUUGCCACACCCCCCCCACCCAACUUCAUCCUUUAUACUACUUCUUCAUUUGGAUAACUCUUUACCCUUUUACUUUCCCACAACCCAUCAGCCCCCUUCAUCCAGCUGACCACUAGCUGAGGCCCACUCCAUCCUCCCAAUUGUCCUUUCAUACGUUUUCUUUGCCUCCUGAUAUUGUGACUGCAGUAAUCAGUCUCAUAUCAUGACUCAUCUCAACUCCUUCCUUUCUCUUACCCUUGUGUCUGCCCAUCCCACACCAAAUGUUUUAUAUCCUCACCUCCAGCCGAUGUGCUCUGGCUGCGUAGUAUUUUGUAUAGUCAGAAUAACACUGUAUAUGUCCUGCAGAAAGUCAGUGCAACGAAAAAAGAAAAAAAAACUUAAAGUAUCUGACUGCAGUUACAAAUACGUAGGAUAUGGACCUAUACAGACACUGACAGGCAAGCUGUCGUUCUGUCUUUAUUUUGGCGAUUGAUUUUAGUUUGAUCCAGGAAUGAGUUUGACAAAGGAGAAUCUGUUAUGGUUGGUGGAGUUUUGCAAGCAGUUGCCAAACGAGCGCUUUGCCAAGCCAAUUAAGAAAUGGAACUUUUGUACGGAGUGCGUCACAAUGAAUAAAGACUUUUUUGUUGUUGUUGUUUGAAGCUUAAGACUACGCUCUUCACAUCUGUCAAAGCAAACACAUCAGUAACUGUACAGACACACACACACACGGUGAGAGAGAGGCUUUUCUGAGUUACUGCUAAUUGUCUCCACCACAUGCUGUAUUAUGAUCAGCUGAAUAUGUAUUUUGGCUCCUGUAGAUAGCCUCUAAUGUAUUGUUGACUCUGCGCCCUGUACUCUGUGGACAUUAAUGUGCCACAUUAGAAACGGUGGUUGUUCUUAAGGACUUUGUGAGCAUUUUUGUGAGGCAGCGCAGAACAAGCAAGUUCACAUUUUGAAGCUGUUGAUUUUAGUAACAGUAUGUGGAAACCGGCAGAUUUUUGACAAAGUACUUGACUCUGUCAAAGAAACAUCAUCAGGAGCCUGUCAGAGGAUCAUUUUUUUAAGUUUACUCAAAGUUGAAUUUCUUGUAUCUUAAAUGUUUGCAGUUCAGUGAUUAUUUCACUUCUGUUUACCACCUUGUAGGAUGUGAUCUCUUACACCGUCGCUGUAAUUCAGACUGAGACAGUAUCGCUUUUCCCUCUGAAUAUCAGAAAAUGAGAUUAUUCAUCGCUGCAACAGUAAAAAAAAAAAAAGUUUCAGUGAAUGAGCUCAAGAUUUCUAACACUAUCAGCAGAAGAUACUAUCAAACUGACUUCCCACUGUUUAUAUUGCUGACUGUAUAAUAAUCUGAACUGCACGCAGGUAUUUCAGUGAAUAAAUAUAAUAUUAAAAACACAUUUUGUGAUCGUCAUGUGGAAGUUUGAGGCCACUCUGCUUCUCUCCUGACUCGUGCAUUGAGGUUUUUUUGCUGCGUCUCUGUGCCACAGUACAAAUAAGCAGCACUGGUGUUUAAUGGUGUGCUUUAUUUUGCAAUGUGCGAAGUAUCAUGGUCCCAUAAUAUGCAUAUCGUUUAAAAUAAUUAUGAUUUUUGAGGAAGCAUACUGGGUUUUCCAUCUCUUGCCAGAUUUUUGCAUCUGUCUCAGCGAGGCUGUGAUUGGUUGUCAGCAGUACUUGGUGAUAGGGGAGAGAGGAUGCCUCUGGCACUGCUGAUGACCUUUUCUACCAGUGAUCCCUUUAAUAAAAGUGUUCAUAGUAAA